GUGCUACAUGGACGACCCUCUGGAGUUGGAACGGAUAUCCUAACCUGAAUCGGUACUUUGGUGUCGAUAAUUCUGAAGCUCCUUAUUUAGGUGGUCCGCUUGGCAGUUCCGACUUUUCUCACCCGUUGGUUGGUUGGAUGAUCGAAAACGGGGCUAAUAGUGUUAAUAAGGCCCUCGUUAUCGACCCAUUCGAUUCAAAUCACUGGCUGUACGGAACUGGUGCGACCAUUAGUGGUGGUCACGAUCUGCUUAACUGGGACACCGCAAGAAACGUUAGCGUCAGAUCCAUCGUUAAAGGAUUGGAAGAGACUGCAGUUCUGGGUCUCAUUUCACCGACUUCGGGCUCUCAUCUAUUAUCAGUAGUUGGCAACCCUCAGCUGGCUUCACGAAUCCGACAUAUGGCACUACGACUGGGAUUGAUUACGCAGGCAAGAAACCUGCUGCCAUUGUUCGACGGUCCUGCGUCAGCACCUGGUUAUCUUGGAGGAAAUGUCGCCCUUUCUGCCAACGGAGAUACCGUCUUCUGGUCUUCGAAUGGACAAGGCGUCUUACUCGCUCGUAAUAACGGCGGAUUUGCUCCGGUCUCCAACAUCCCGGCAUACGCAAAGAUCGCCUCAGACAAGGCCUAUGGUACCGUUCUCUAUGCCGCCUCCGGCUCUUCUUUCUACAUAUCCACCGACUCUGGGACAUCUUUCACUGCUUCACCCCUCGGCAACAUUACGUCUCCACAAUGGAUAGCUGCUAGCCCUUACAAGGCUGGUGAACUCUGGAUUAGCGGAAACACGGGUAUCAUUCGUUCAGUCGACUAUGGCAAAACUUGGACCUCGCUUCCUUCAAUCACGAGUGCGUGGCAAAUAGCCGUCGGUGCGCCAAUGCAACCCAACGGACCUACCGUGGUAUAUGCGGCCGGAACAAUUGAGGGUAUCAAUGCGCUAUACAGGACAGAUGAUGGCGGUGCAAACUGGAUCAAACUCAGCGACGAGACGCACGGUUUUGGUGCAGUCAGCACAAUCGUUCUGGCUGCGGACCCUAGAAUAUACAAGAGGUAA